UAGCCUCGGACCUUUCACACACGUUUUUGCCUCCUUUUCCCUUCUCGCUCUAAAAAAAGCUGUGACUCCUCCUCCCUCUCCCUCUCCCUCUCUCUCUUUCCUUCUUUCUGGUAUUCAAAGCAGAAGGAGAAGCAGGAGAAUAAGAAUAAGAAAAGGUGACACGAGAAUUCAACCCUUUCUACGACCUUUGAAUCCUAUCAAUAAUCUUCCAAUUAUUUUGGUUUCCUCUGUGUUUUUGUCAAUUUUUCUUUGGGCUCUUUUCCAAUGAACUGUAAUCAAGGUACUUAUGUUUUUUUCUUUGACAUGGGCUCUUUAUUUUCUCUUACUUUAGUUAAAAAUAAGAUUAUUUCUUUUUGGGAGAGUGGAUUUUAUUGGUUUUGUUCCCGUGCGCGUAUGGUAUUGGUUUUUAUUGGUUUUGGUUUCUUGGGAAAUAUUGAAAGAGUUGUCUUUCUUCCUUCCUUUAUCUUUCCCGUUAAUUGGACUCUAUUAUGAUUUUAAUCAGCAACUUUUGCGUGGUUUUUUAAACGGGAUUUUUUUUCCAUAUUCGUCUUGUGGCAAAUAACUUCGCCAUGGUUAUUGGAAAAUAGUUAUUUGGGGAGCUAAAACCAUAAUUAUUUUCCUCUUCAAUUUCUAUUGGAAUUUAUUUUUGUGGGCUUAUUCAGCUUUAGGAGCCCUGAAAUCACGGAGAAAGAGUCGUUUAUAAAAAUAGAAAACGCGAGGAUUGUGUGGAGAAGAGUUCAAGCAAAGUUUAUGUCGUUAAAAAAAGGUUGAAAGAGAGCCUCUUUUUUUUGGGGUUGAUAAUAUGGGCAUGUGGCCAUCUGGGUCCGAUCUUUCCUCAUUUAUCUGAACCUUUUAAUGUUCAGAGAGUUGUCGAUAUGUUUGGUUCUCUCUUGAUCACUCGAUGUCAGAAGGUCUUCUUAUAUGCUACUCCUUUGUUUCCUUCUCGGUCUCUUUUUGUUGUAAAUUUGUAUUUUCAUUUUUGCAAGUGUAAUAAUGAUCGCGUUUAACUUGUUAGGAAGUGGGUUUCUUCUGUUACCGUCUACUUGAUUUGUUUGAUGAUGUUUGUGAGGCCUUUGUCUCGCAAUUAACAUCCAACUUUCUUUUUUCGGGAUUCGUUGUUUUUUAUUUUUUAUUUUUUUUUAAAUUUACAGCCAAAAAAGAGGUUCUUGAUCUUUUUUGGUCUGACUGAAUCAGCAGAAGAGUGAGGAUAAUGCAGGUUGAACAUAUUAUGCUUAUUUAUUUGUACUAGUGUAGAAUAUUCCCGUUACACUUUUAUUUAUGCAUCCGAUUUUUGUGCUUGUUGGCCUGUUGGUUUUGCUUGGCAGUUUCAAUUAAUUUAAUUAAAUUAUAAUUAACAUAUACUGCUCGCCUUGAUUUCCAGUGGAGAAACAACUUUAUUUACAAUCUCGAUGGUCAAUAUUUUGUUUGAUAAAUUGUCAGAAUAAUAUGUCUACCUUAGAGAUUCUUGAAGCCAAACUUCUGCAAAGAAAUUUAUAUUAGGAUGGCCAAGUGUCCGUGGAUCUUCAGCUCUAGGUUGGUGUGGGAAAUAAGUCUUAUAGGCACAGAGAUAGGGAUAUGUUUGCAAAAGUUGCAGAAAAUAAAUCCCUUGUUUCACUUCAUGCUGAUUGGUUGAAUCAAUAAUUUCAAGUUGGGUUCUUGUUGGAAACUUGGAAGGGUCGGGUUAAACCUCAUCAUGUAUGAAAUUAGUAUUUUUUUUUAGGCAUCAUUCCAUUAAUGACAAACUACCAUGGCACCUCUUUUCAUCUGAUGCAAACCUUUUUGUGCCAGUUUAAAGAACAUCAGAAGUAAUUCUGUUAUUCACACUAAUACCCAACCUGGUGGGGGUUUCAGUGAUUGAAAACCUUUCAUUUAUGUUACAUAGCAGAUUUGAAGGGUGCAGAUCUUAUAGAUGGAUGAAUAUUCUGGUAAAAGAGCUGUCAAUGGGAUUGUGGUCUCUAGAAAGGGAUCUGGUCUUGUGCUGAGAGAUAAUGCCAACAACAGAGACCCUAAUGCACAAUUUUGCAAUAGACUUGGUUGCAAUGGCAGACUGAACUCAAGAGGUUCUCAAAAUGGCUGUUCAGAAAAGGCCAAAUCUUCAAGGCCUUCUUUACGCUCUUCUUCAAGUGGCAAGGAAAUAAUUGGAAGUUCCUCUAGGACUUGCUUGAUGAUCGGUAAUGGGAGAAAAUCUACCACGGAGCCUCGAAGAAAGAUAUCUUCUCAGUUAGAUACUGAUUCAUCUGAAACUAGUAGCGUCCAGGAUGAGCCAGAAGUAGCAGAACCCACUCCGUCACCUGUAAAGAUUCACAGACAGGCUGAAAAUGCGGAUUCUGAGAGUGACACAUCAAUGGAAGUGGGAAGUUCUAGUGUAGCAUCAGGUAUAAGACCACGGAAGAAUCCUCAUCAAGGAUCUGGAUUUCGCAACCGGGACACUCUAGUCUCUUCCUCUAUAUCUAUGGGAUCUAAGAGCUCUGGCCAGGCAACAGGUACUGGUGCAAGCAGGCGUGGUAUAAGAAAUCUCAAAAGCAAUUCAAUACCUGAUGCCCUCCCAUCUGGUUGCUCAGCUUUGGAUUCAAGCCUCAGUAAGAGGAAAGAUAUUGUGAAAAGGAGAAACUCUGAAGGAGAAAGUAGCUCCAGUGUUGGAGGGAAGAAGAAGAGUGGGUCAUCAUUGGAAGGACGGAACUCCAGUUCUAGCCAUGGCAUCUCCAUUUCUGAUUCAGGACGAGCCAGAAAUAUGCCUCCUAACAGGGAUAGUUGUGUUGCAUCAGUUAGGACAAGGGGAUCAGUUGAUGGUCACACCAGGACAAGGCUAUCCAAUCAAGGAAAUGGAAACAGUUUGUCACCAAAUCAUUCCUCUGUUACCAUCCCACAAAUGCUUCAAUCUGACAUACCUAUAGAAUUGAAUGAUCCUAGUUCGUCACAUCAGCUCUCUGCAGAAACUCCCUCGAGUCGUGCAAUUUCUUUCAGCCGACCAGGCAGUAGCAGCGAAAGCUUACAUGGUGUUUUGUCAGCAAGUCCUACAGAAGUUGGUAUUGGCCGCUCUUUGAUGAAUCAGAAUAGUAUCAGGCGCCACAAUAUAGAUGGUAUUGCAGAGGUUUUAAUGGCACUUGAGAGGAUUGAACAAGAUGAAGAGCUAACAUACGAGCAAAUACUUGUUCUGGAGACUAACUUGCUUCUUAAUGGCAUAUAUGUCCACGAUCAGCAUAGGGACAUGAGACUGGAUAUUGACAACAUGUCAUAUGAGGAAUUAUUAGCUCUAGAAGAGAGGAUGGGAACUGUGAGCACUGCACUACCAGAAGAAGCAAUGUCCGAAUGCCUUAAAAAAAGCAUUUAUGAGUCUAUAGUUCCAAAGAAUGAAGAUAUGGACUGCAGUGGGGAUAAAGAUGAUGUCAAAUGCAGUGUCUGUCAGGAGGAGUAUGUGGUUGGAGAUGAAAUGGGUAGACUGCAAUGCCAGCACAUUUAUCAUUUGGGCUGCAUACAACAGUGGCUUCGGUUGAAGAAUUGGUGCCCUAUAUGCAAAGCAUCGGUGGCACCCUCACCAUCGCUUUUGUCUUCCUCUUAGUUCAAUUUAUGAAAGAUCAGGUUGGAGGAGACCUGCUUUUUCCUUCGGGAGCAAGAAAAUGAGAGGGAAAAUGAGGACUGUAACACUUUGGCCAACGGUACCCUCUUAGGCUUAUCGUAUAUUUGCUAAAACCUGUUAUGAAAAAGAGAAAUAUUUAUCAGCUGAAAAUAGCAAAAAGGAGUCUGUCUAAAGAAGUGGCUUAAUGGGUAUUAUUUCAGUCAUGGCGUUCUCUUAGAUCUCUAUUUCUUUCCUUGUUACUAAGAAGAUAUUGAUAGCAGGUAAGGGAUUGUGUAUAAAUAUGAAAAGCAUGCCAUGUACGGGAAAAAGGACAGAGCAAAGAUUUAUUCCCAGUUCAACAAAACUCGAGGAAUCGUAGAAUCUAAAACUAAUGGAUUAUUUGACCUUUGUCCAAUUGAAAACGGUCAGAAGAACAAAGCAACCUGGGUCCAAAAGAAAAGAACAAACCAACAUGGUAUUAGAAUCAGGGGCGUCCAUAUGCACUCUCCCCCUCUAAAUGGGGAGGUCGAUGAUUCAAUCAAAGAAAGGAUGAUUUUGGAAAGCUCCACAUCAUCAAGUACAUUAUCCAAAUACGCAUCUCUCUUGCACCGCAAAUAAUCAGAAAAAUUGCUGGAUGAAUGGAUGAGUCAACUUACUUUUCGUUUAUUUCGGAGACCUGUCACGGUCUAUUUAAGCCUCCUUCGCAUUCCCAAUAGAUUCUGAUUUGAAUGGAAUAAUUCUUUUGAGAGGGCUCUCUCUCUCUUCUUCGUGUUUCUUCUGUCUUUUCCCCAGCUUGUUCUGUCUUUUCUUUUUAUCUUCUUCUUCCUUCUUCUGUCUUACUUUUCUCUCAUCUUGGCUUCUUGCACCUCUCAUUUUCCUCUCUUCUUGGCUUCUUCUGAUCUUCGAAAUUUCCCCUAGUGCUAUUAUCCUGCAACAGCACCACCCCGCUAAAACAACCCAACGGCCUAGUCCCUUUGAUGUGUUUCCUGACAAUAUGGAAUCCACAUCUUUAGUGGACAUCCCAAUCUUUUUGCGCAAAGUUGAAAUGGCUGUGGGAAGAACUUUUGGUGGCUAAUGACAGUAGUUUAGUCCUACACUACUUCUCCCCCUCCCCCAUGUUCCCCCACUUAUUCUACUGUCAAUUACUGAUUAGUUGAGUCGUUCCAACAAAAUUGUAAGCUUUGAGCUCUGAUAGGUAAAUUUGGUAUUGUAGUUGCAAAUUAAAAUGUAAACUUUAGCACGAUUUCUAAAUUAUUGUUUAGUAGGGAAGUUAAAUACAAAUUAUCACGGAAUAUUCAGUGGAUGUUAAUGUUUUGUGUGUUCAGUUAUCAACUCGCAGAUUUCCGAGCAACAGAGCAUACUAUUCUCAUGACAAUUUAUUUUACCUUCCAGAAUUUCCCCAGGUUUCCCACUAUUGGCUGUAUAUUGUACACAAAACUCAAGAUCUGUGUAUCUGGUGAUGAGAAAAUCCAGGCCCAGACGAACUGCAUCCGCCACAAGGCAAGCAGACAUGGAAAUUCUGUUAGUAAGUUCUACUGCAUCAGUGGGACACACAGAUUGAGCUUUUUACAAGGACAAAGAAACCAAUCCAUGCACAGACCUCAUUCAUCUUAAAGAUUAAGCUCGACCUGGAGCCAUUCUGAUUUCUCAUCGCUACAGAAAAACGAAUACUUCAGCAGUGUCUGAAAACAGACAGAUGUAAGCCCUUCAAACCAGGAGGAAACAACCGGCUGCAUGUGUCAAUUGACGGGGCUUUAUCCAAGUCACUGCCGUCCCUCGCAAAAUGCAUGGGUAGAAAUUUUCUCAAGCCAAAAUAACCAAUCUUUUCCAAGUUGCUUCAGUUGUUCCCCCGGCAUAAACAUGUAAUCAGGUAAAAUUAGGUAAACAUUCAACUCAUGCGCAUGCGCAGGCCUAGCUCCUACGAAUUACAACUUACAGCCAACAUUCAACAUGAAAUAAACAUUCCAGCGUGGUCCACGGCAACCUCUUGAUGGCCCAGCACUGCUUCUAUCUACCAUGAAUUCUCUCAGGAUGUCUGCAUCAUACAAAUUCUUUCUUCUGUUACCAAAAUUAAUAACUAGUACAAUAUGUGCUGGGAAAAAUUGAAUUUGAAGAUUGGAUAUAUCCUCAAUAUUCCAAGCAGUUUUAUAAUGAAGAAUCAAAGCAUUGAGUGAUAGUCGUACUGAUCUGCAGGCCAACACCAUGUUAUGUAUUAAUACUCGUAAAUGAUUGAUGGGGUUUAAAUUUUGCACAAUCAUAUAUUAUUCUUCGUUGUUUAA